AUGCGCGCGCGGCUGCUGAUAGUCGUGUUGGGAAGCUGCUUGGCAGCCAUCGUCGGUAACUUCGUGUUGAACUCAGAUGCAGGCACAGCACUUUCUGGGGGUCUUCUGGGUCGGAGGCCGGCCGUACACCGCACAAGCCGCUAUGCAAAAGGCAGGCAGAGUAGCCUUGACGUCAGGGGCUUGCUUCAGAAAGCAGGCCUGAUUCUUCCAGAGCCUACGGAAACUUUUGUGUCGGAAUCGGAAGAUGAUUCGCUGGAGAUUGAAGCGCCCAUUCCUCUGUUGCAGCAAGGGCUCUCUCAACGUUUGACCGAAGUAAUCGGAGAGAUCGAAGAGAAUUGGCCAAACAAGGAGGCCGUAGUGCCAGAAGAUGAAGACAUAGAGCUCGAGACGCCGCUGCAAAACUUGGAUGUACCCCUCCAGUGGCUGGAGCGCAACUUUGACAUUCGGCCAAAGCAAGAGGAGCUGGUCUCAGAGAAGAAAGCUCUGAGGUUUGAAACGCCUCUCUCAGCACUGUUUCCCGGUGUGUUGGAGGAGGCUUUUGAAAGUACCGAAACCUGGACGGACCUUCUGCUGCCGCUGCUUGAUGCGGAAUCUGUGCUCGUAGACUCAAUGGAUGAAUCUAACUACGUGACAGUGACGCUGGAGAAGCCGCUGGGGAUACAGAUCGAGGAAAACCCACCGCAAUUGGGAGGUGGCGUGGCGGUGAAGAGCAUCAAGCCAGGUUCAAACGCUGCGCGAAGUCAGUUGAUACAGCCUGGAUACCAGCUGCUGGCAGCCUCUGGAAUAGCUGUGCAUGGGCUGCACCUCGAGGAUGCGUCGAGGCCGAUUGAAGCCGCACAGGGCCGUGUGCAGCUAACUUUCUUCAACGGGAGUGCUGAGACUUUCUACGGCCUACUGGGACCCGACCCCGAGUGGCUGUCUGCCUUCUUGAGAAAGCUGCAGAUGGAGCACUUUGCGUGGUCCUUCCAGGAAGGAUUGGCUCCGAAGAAAUCCUGGAGCUGGGCCUUGGAGCUCCUCGAGGAACUGAGGAGUCAAAGUGGCGUAGAUGUGCAGACGCUGCACAGCGCCUACGGGGCCGCCAUGGAGGCCUGUCAAAGGGCCUCGCGCUGGGAGCCUGCUUUGGAACUGCUCAGCGAGAUCCGGCGGCUUCCAAAAACGCGGCCCACUGCAGCAAACUAUCGCUCAGCCAUCCUCGCCUGCGAGCGCGCCGGCGAAAUGUUGAAAGCUUUGUGGCUCUUAGAGGAGAUGCUCGAGGCGGGCCUGAAACCGGAUCGAGCCACUUACAACAGUGCCGUUGGCGCCUGCAGAGCGAUUCUCAGGUCUCCGGCCAGGGGUGAUCGCGGGCGGAGUGUGACAGAAAGCGGGUGGAGAGCAUCCUCGCGAAGCAAGGACCUUCCAUCUGUGCAGCUUCCUGGAAUGCCGAUUCAGUGGGAUGCAGGAAUCGACCUGCAGCUCAGGAGCAGGAAUGCUUCACCGGGGCCAUCCCUUGCUGCUAAGAGGCGUGCCGUGUCUGUGGGAUCGUUCGAGCGUCAAGUCACCAGAUCUUCAUCACAGGGUGCCCUCUCGUCAGCUGGCUUCCAUGCCCUGAGGCCUUUGACAGGUGGUGGUGCCUCACAUGGACGACACAUGGGUCGACGGUUCCGACACCUGGGCCUGGAAGUGCGGCAAGAUGCGAAGGGAAGAGGACUGUAUUGCACUCGGAGCUUCCGCCAGGGUGAGACACUUUUCGUCGGCGAGGCAGCUCUUCUAGUCUGCCUUCCAGACCUGUGGAAGAACUGCUGUUCGAAAUGCCUUGCAAGCAGCUUCGAUGCUGAUGGUCUGAGGAUCUGCCAGGGCUGCGGGACAGCGGCAUUUUGCUCGUGCUGCUGGGGCGAUCCGUGGCACAGCGAGGAGUGCCCUGUGCUGGCCAAGCUGCUUGAAGCAUGCAAAGACCAUGCUCGGUCUCGGGGGAUCGAAGAGCAUGACCACUGGCAGCAGCUGGUCUGCUGUGCCCUCUCAAUCUCUCGGCUUUUACGCCUUCUUCACAGUGGCCGAGAACCCAAAUCUGCUCCGUGUGCCAAGCUUGCCGUGGCCUUGCUUGAAGAUUUCGCCGAGCUCUGUACACCACCGGAGGACAUUCCAGGUGAUCCACAAGCUUUUGCUGCGUUGUUGAUGGGCGAGCCCUUGAAUGCCUUGUUUCCAGCAGAGCUUCGGCACAGCCCAGAGCUGGUAGAUGUGAUCUGCCACUGCUACGAGCAGUUGACUUGCAACAGCUUCUUGGUGUGCAGCGGUGAUGCCACGCCUGCUGGCCAGCUCUGCGACCCAAUUGCAGCGCUUUUGAACCAUUCUUGCAGUCCCAAUGCUGCCAUCGUCUGGCAGAUUCCGGCGAAGGGCAGGACACAUCGUGUGCAGUGCAUCCGUGACCUCAGCGCCGGGGACGAGGUUCUGAUCAGCUACGUUGAUGCAACACGCCCGUGGUGGAUACGCCAACCGUCGCUGAAGGCAACAUAUGGCUUCAUUUGUGAUUGCGCCGUGUGUCGGCCGAUCAGUGCUUGGGAGCGUAGUGUGGCCGUUGGGGCCCGGCCGACAAAGCUCCCAGCGGGGAUCGAGGAAAGCAUCGCAGCCGUGAAGGCAGCCGACGGGACCAUUCUGAUGAUCAGUGCUGAGCGAACCAGGGCAUUGGGCAUGUUUCUGCGCAAAGAGAUGGGCAUCAACGUAGAAGUGGCAUCCGACAAAGAUAUUUGCCGGGUUGCGGAUGCUGCCGCUGCAGUUGGGCAGCUGGCCGGCAGCCCUGGCCAGCUCAAUUGUGAAGAAGCUCGGAACAGGCUUUUGCAGCUGCGUCCGGCUUGGGAGAGUCUCUUGCAGCUUCUGGGGCCGCGGCACAUGCUCCUCCGAGAGCUGAUCAGUGUUCUGUGCAUCGCAGAAAUUGCGGAAGACUGGAAGACCUGUAUGGAGUUGGCUCCAAAGGUUCUAACCGCUUUGGGAAUCCCAGAUGAGGAGAUGUCAUCCAGGAAAGCAGAGGUCUUGGCACUUCUUGCAAUCGCGAAGAUCAGGACUGCCGAGGAUGGUGCCUCGCAGCUGGAAGCCCAGUCAGAGAGUAAGGCCGCGCUGGAAUCCAUGGUGUGGCUCUAUGGGGAGAACCUGCCAAAGCAGUCCCGAGUUCUCACACUGCAGCACUUGCUACAUGAGAACGUGGCGAUGGACCUGGACAGCAUGGAUUGA